UCAGCCCCGUACCCCAUGGUUCUCUGUGGCUUGACCGGUCUGCCUCUGUUGGCCCUUUCUUUGCGGUCUGUGGAUCUCUCCAAAGCCUCAGAGAAUGUGCUGGCCAAAGCGCUCUAUGACAACGUGGCGGAGUCCCCAGAUGAGCUCUCCUUCCGCAAGGGUGACAUCAUGACCGUGCUGGAGCGGGACACACAGGGCCUGGAUGGCUGGUGGCUCUGCUCACUGCAUGGGCGCCAGGGCAUCGUGCCUGGGAACCGCCUCAAGAUCCUGGUGGGCAUGUACGACAAGAAGCCAGCAGGGCCGGGCCCUGGCCCGCCUGCCACCGCAGCCCAGCCGCAGCCCCAGCCCCAGCCCAGCCUCGCACCAGGCCUGCACGCCACCGCGCCCCCGGCCUCCCAGUACUCGCCUAUGCUCCCUGCUGCAUACCAGCCCCCGCCCGACAGUGUCUACCUGGUACCCACUCCUAACAAGGCUCAGCAAGGCCUCUACCAGGCCCCAGGGUCCAGCCCACAGUUCCAGUCUCCCCCAGCCAAGCAGACGUCCACGUUCUCAAAGCAGACGCCCCAUCACCCGUUUCCCAGCCCAGCCACAGACCUUUACCAGGUGCCUCCCGGACCUGGAAGUCCAGCCCAGGACAUCUACCAAGUGCCGCCUUCUGCUGGCAUAGGGCAUGACAUCUACCAGGUCCCCCCAUCCAUGGACACGCGCAGCUGGGAGGGGACAAAGCCACCAGCAAAGGUGGUGGUGCCUACCCGAGUGGGCCAGGGCUACGUGUAUGAGGCCUCCCAGCUGGAGCAGGACGAGUACGACAUCCCACGCCAUCUGCUGGCCCCAGGGCCCCAGGACAUCUAUGAUGUCCCCCCUGUGCGGGGGCUGCUUCCCAGCCAGUAUGGCCAAGAGGUGUACGAUACCCCGCCAAUGGCUGUCAAGGGUCCCAACGGCCGAGACCCGCUGCUGGACGUGUAUGAUGUGCCCCCCAGCGUGGAGAAGGGCCAGCCACCGUCCAGUCACCAUGCGGUGUACGAUGUUCCCCCGUCGGUGAGCAAGGAUGUCCCUGAUGGCCCAGUGCAGCGUGAGGAGACCUACGAUGUGCCCCCGGCCUUCGCCAAGGUCAAGCCCUUUGAUCCGGCCCGCCACCCGCUGAUCCUCACUGCGCCCCCUCCUGACUCCCCGCCAGCUGAGGAUGUGUAUGAUGUGCCACCCCCUGCGCCGGACCUCUACGACGUGCCCCCGGGCUUGCGGCGGCCCGGCCCUGGCAGCCUAUAUGAUGUGCCCCGGGAGCGAGCGCUUCCUCCUGAGAUGGCAGACGGCACGGUGGACGAUGGGGUGUACGCCGUGCCCCCUCCAGCGGAGCUUGAGGCCGCAGCCAAUGGCAAGCGCCUGUCCGCCUCCAGCACAGGCAGCACGCGCAGCAGUCAGUCAGCAUCCUCCCUGGAGGUGGGCGUGCCAGGCCGGGAGCCCCUGGAGCUGGAGGUUGCUGUGGAGUCCUUGGCGCGGCUGCAGCAGGGUGUGAGCGCCACUGUGGCCCACCUUUUGGAGCUGGUGGGCAGUGCUGGUGGAGCUGGGGGCUGGCGUGGCACCCCUGAGCCUCAGGAGCCGCCAGUACAGGACCUGCAGGCCGCAGUGACUGCUGUCCAAAGUGCUGUCCAUGAGCUGCUGGAGUUUGCCCGCAGUGCUGUGGGCAAUGCCACCCACACUUCUGACCGCACCCUGCACGCCAAGCUUAACCGGCAGCUGCAGAAGAUGGAGGACGUGUACCAGACACUGCUGGCACAUGGUCAGGUCCUUGACGGUGGCCGCGGGGGCCUGGGCUUCACCCUGGAAAACCUGGAUCACCUGGUGGCCUGCUCGCGGGCUGUGCCCGAGGAUGCCAAGCAGCUGGCCUCCUUCUUGCAUGGCAAUGCCUCACUGCUCUUCAGACGGACCAAGGCCCCUGCUCCCGGGUCUGAGGGGGGCGGCCCCCUGCACCCCAACCCCACUGACAAGGCCAGCAGCAUCCAGUCACGGCCACUGCCCUCCCCCCCCAAGUUCACGUCGCAGGACUCUCCCGAUGGGCAGUACGAGAACAGUGAGGGGGGCUGGAUGGAGGACUAUGACUACGUCCACCUGCAGGGGAAGGAAGAGUUUGAGAAGACCCAGAAGGAGCUGCUGGAGAAGGGCAACAUCAUGCGGCAAGGGAAGGGCCAGCUGGAGCUGCAGCAGCUGAAGCAGUUCGAGCGGUUGGAGCAGGAGGUGUCUCGGCCCAUAGACCACGACCUGGCCAACUGGACACCAGCUCAGCCCCUGGCACCGGGCCGGCCGGGCUCCCUGGGACCCUCGGAUCGGCAGCUGCUGCUCUUCUACCUGGAGCAGUGUGAGGCCAACCUGACCACACUGACUGACGCUGUGGAUGCUUUUUUCACCGCUGUGGCCACCAACCAGCCCCCCAAGAUCUUCGUGGCCCACAGCAAGUUCGUCAUCCUCAGUGCCCACAAGCUGGUGUUCAUCGGGGACACGCUGUCGCGGCAGGCCAAGGCUGCCGACGUGCGCAGCCAGGUGACCCACUACAGCAACCUGCUGUGCGACCUCCUGCGUGGCAUCGUGUCCACCACCAAGGCUGCUGCCCUGCAGUACCCAUCGCCCUCUGCUGCACAGGACAUGGUGGACAGGGUCAAGGAGCUGGGCCACAGCACCCAGCAGUUUCGCCGAGUCCUGGGCCAGCUGGCCGCCGCCUGAAGCUGCUAGCCACCACCUGCCGGUGUGAGAGUUAGUGCCCCACAGGCUUGGGGACAGGCAGCCUGGGCUGUCCAGGGGUCUGUACAUAUUUAUGGCAGGGCGGGGCAGGACAGGACAGGGCCUCCUCAGAGGAGCCAGGAAAGCCAGGGAGUGACCAGGGCUCUCCUAGGAGUGCACUGUGACCCCAGGAGGGGUCAGGGCAUAUGACCCCCUAGUCUGCAGGGAUUCCUGUCCCUGUGACAGGCCAGGCGCAGUGGUGACAUGUUCCUUCUCCACACCAGGAGAAAACCUGAGACAACUAUUUUUCAUUAUUGAUUUUCCAAUCACUUGACUAAUAGUCAACAUUUAAUAAAAUUUUAAAAAUGGAAAACA